AUGUUUAACUCUGUAGCUUUAGUUCGUGCGCAAAUCUUAGAACCAGAUAAGGAUUCGCCAUGUCUUAAACUGUCGCGAGCAAAUUACACGUGUUCUGCCUGCAUCCAGUUACAUAGUACUUGUGCAUGGUGUAGUGCGGAAGACUUCAAUGAUCAGAAUGAAUUUUCUCGAUGCGGCACAGCUUCCUUUCUGAAGUCCAUGAAUUGUUCUGAAAUUCAUAUUCACGACCCAAAAACUACUUUGGAGGAGGUCAAGAAUGAUGAGCUGUCAAAUGCUGGAGACAAGGAAUCAGAGGAGGAUGCCGUCCAGUUGAAACCCCAAGAAUUAAACAUCAAUAUUCGGCCAAAAGCUAAGGUGGAGUUUGAAGUAACUUAUCGUCAGGCAGUCGAUUACCCUGUAGACCUUUAUUAUCUUAUGGAUCUCUCGUACUCUAUGGAAGACGAUAAGGAAAAAUUAGCGGAACUUGGUGGAGCAUUAGGAGAACGUAUGCGAAAGAUUACGAAGAACUUUCGACUAGGCUUUGGGUCAUUUAUUGAUAAAAGUUUGAAGCCAUUUAUAGAUCCUCGGCCGGAAAAAGCUCGUAAUCCGUGUCCUAACGCAUGCGCCGCACCUUAUGGUUUUAAAAAUCAAAUGAGUUUAACGAAGGAUGCUAAAAGGUUUUCAAAAGAAGUCAGGGAAGCUGAAAUUUCGGGUAAUCUUGAUGCUCCUGAAGGCGGAUUCGAUGCAAUUAUACAGGCGCUAGCAUGCCACAAACAAGUUGGUUGGCGCAACAAAGCGAGAAAAAUGGUAGUGUUCUCAACUGACGCUGGUUUCCAUUAUGCGGGUGACGGGAGACUGGCUGGAGUAGUUAAGCCAAAUGACGGAGAGUGUCAUCUAAAUGAUUCUGGUUAUUAUACAGAAUCUUUAGAACAGGACUAUCCUUCUAUUGCACUGCUUCAUCAGAAGAUAAUGGAGAGAAAAGCUAACUUGAUCUUUGCCGUUACAAAACCAUAUGAGAACCUUUACAGUCAACUAAAAGAAGCGUUGCCCGACGUGGGGAGUUCAGUCGGCGUGCUUGCAAAUGAUUCCAAAAAUAUUAUUGAACUAAUUGCUACAGAAUACAGUAAGAUUUCACAAGAAAUUAUUAUGAUUGACAAUGCAAACGCCUCGCAAGGAUUCCAUCUCACCUAUCGAACAAAGUGUUUGGGUGAUACUUGGCAGGAAACCAAUGUUUGUAAUGGUAUCAAAGUUGGUGACGAAGUAACAUUUAAACUGACGUUGGAGAUCACACACUGCGUGGAUCAACGAGAUUUUGUUUUGAAAAUCGGUCCAAGUGGGCUUGAUGAGACAUUGGUGGCUAAUGUACAUGUACAGUGUGACUGCGACUGUGAGAAAGAAAAUAUAAUAAGGGAUGCGAAAGUUUGUAAUGGAAAGGGUGAUCUGGUCUGUGGCGUUUGUAGAUGCCACGGUACAAAUGUCGGUCGCUUUUGUCAAUGCGACAGGCCUGGAUACUCUGACGUUGCCCUUGAAUCGCAGUGCAGAAAAGAUAAGGAUAGCCCGAUGUGCGACGGCCGUGGUUAUUGUGAAUGUGGUGUAUGCAAAUGUAAGGAAAGAGAUAACCCGCUGGAAAAGAUUUAUGGUAAGUAUUGUGAAUGCGAUAACUACAAUUGUCCUCAUCAUAAUAGGAUACCCUGUGCAGGAAAUGGUGAAUGUGAAUGCAAUAAAUGCAAAUGCAAACCCGGUUGGACAGGUGUUGCGUGUCAAUGUCCACUGAGCACAGAAAGUUGCAGAUCUGCUAAUGGAAAAAUCUGCAAUGGUCAUGGACAAUGCAUUUGUGGACAGUGCAGGUGUAACACAACUGAAACUCAUCGUUAUUCGGGCGCAAAGUGUGAAUCUUGUCCGACCUGCCCCAAGAAAUGCGUUGAGCAUAAAGCGUGUGUUCAGUGCCAGCAAUGGAAAACUGGUCCGUAUAACGAAACUAUGUGUGCGCAGUGUCCUUUCACUGUUAUACCUGUUGAUGAGCUUCCAGUUAUCAAUGGUACGGAGCAGUGUCAGUUCGUCGAUACUUCAGAUGAUUGCACUUUCUAUUUCCUCUAUUUGGACGAUGAAGAUAAUAAUGUUACUGUAUGGGUGAAGAAAGAGAAAGAUUGUCCACCACCAGUGCCAGUCCUGGCAAUUGUCCUUGGAGUUAUUGCUGGAAUUGUGAUAUUAGGUCUGUUACUUUUGCUCGUUUGGAAAGCUUUGACAGUAAUUCAUGAUCGCCGCGAAGUAGCGAAGUUUGAGAAUGAACGACUGAUGGCUAAAUGGGAUACAAACGAAAAUCCAAUCUAUAAACAAGCAACUACAACGUUUAAGAAUCCCGUGUACAGUGGUAAUAUGGCAAAAAACAGGCGGCAGUAA